AUCACUUAUCCGCCGAUCCGACUUCAGAACGAAUUUAAUACGUCGCUCGUGAAUUUAUUGUGCUGUUGUUAAUAUCCUCCGUGCGUCUUUUUAAUCGAGAAAAAUGUUUCAGGACGGCAUAUGUGAUACUGCCGACAUUUUAAGUAACGUUCCCCUUAAGAAGACAAUUCAUGCAGACAAUGUAGACCUCUCUGAUAAGUCACUGCAAGUGGACAUUUCGGAUGCUCUUAGUGAAAAGGAUAAAGUGAAAUUUACUGUACAUACGAAAACUACUUUGCCUGACUUUCAGAAGCCAGAUAAUUUGGUUGUAAGGCAACACGAAGAAUUUGUAUGGUUACAUGAUCGAUUUGAAGAGAAUGAAGAAUAUGCUGGCUAUAUCAUUCCACCUUGUCCACCGCGGCCAGACUUUGAUGCAUCUAGGGAAAAGUUACAGAAGCUCGGAGAGGGUGAGGGUAACAUGACUCGUGAAGAAUUUAACAAAAUGAAGCAGGAAUUGGAAGCAGAGUAUUUAGCUACAUUUAAGAAAACUGUUGCCAUGCACGAAAUGUUUUUAACUAGACUAGCAAAUCACCCAGUUUUUCGAAAUGAUCAUAAUUUAAGAGUGUUUUUAGAGUAUGAUCAAGAUCUUUGUGUGAGAGGAAAGAAUAAGAUGGAAAUGUUUGGUGGUUUAGUAAAAUCUUUUUCAACCACCACAGAUGAAUAUUAUUUGUCUGCAACUGUGAAAGAUGUGAAUGACUUUUUUGAUCAGGAAAUGUCGUUUUUGCAAUCGUACCAUCAUAACUUGAAAGAAGCAACAGCUCGUGCAGAUCGUCAAACAGCUAAACAUAAAGAUGUAGCAGAUUCCUAUAUAAAGAUUUCUACACAUCUGUUACAAUUAGCAACAACAGAUAAUGGUAAACUGGAGAGAUUUCUGACGAAAAUUGCAGAAACAUUUGAAAAGUUGAGGAAAGUUGAAGGCAGAGUAGCAUCUGAUGAGGACUUAAAAUUGUCAGACACUCUUCGGUACUACAUGAGGGAUACAGCUGCAGCCAAACGGUUGCUUUUUAGAAGAUUAAAAGCUUUACACGCAUAUGAAUCUGCAAAUCGCGCUCUUGAGAAAGCUCGUGCCAAAAACAAAGACGUUCAUGCUGCAGAAAAAGCUCAAACGGAGGCGUGUGAAAAAUUUGAGCAGAUGUCAGAGAAAGGAAAAGAAGAAUUGACGGAUUUCAAGACGAGAAGAGUAGCUGCUUUUAGAAAGAAUCUAAUUGAAUUAACAGAAUUAGAAAUAAAACAUGCAAAAGCGCAUGCGGAAUUGCUCAAAAAAUGUUUAUCGGUGUUACGGGAACAGUGAUCCAGUUCGAUAAUUCUCGUGGCAAAGAUUACCAUGUAAUCUAUACGAAAAUAACAGUUUAUUUAAAAACUAUAGUAAAG